GCAGCCGCGGCCGCAGCAGCCCUGACAAGAGCCAACUCAGCAAGAAACUUCCUCAGGAAGGCUCGGCGGCUGCUUCUGCUGCCGUUCCUUCGUCUCCUCCCGCCCAACGCACGAGGCAGCUCCACGCACAGGGCAGGCGGGUGCACCUCCCCCGAACACAGCUGCCGCAGUGGCUCCUUCUGCAUCCGCACGCAGGUGGGAGGCACAGGAAGGGGACCCAGAAGGAGGCGCCCCCCCGCCCCCCGCGCCUUCAAGGCUGUCACCAGAGACGCAGUGGGGUGGGCUUCUUAAGCGGGCGGCUCUGGAGGCUUUCGCGAGGGCCAGCCGCAGUCCGUCCCACUUCCUUCUCCGCUUUGGAAAACCACGGCCCUUGGCAGCAGUUUCUUGGAAGGGAAGGAGGGCAAGCAUGGAGCUCAGCGCCGGAAGUGUAAUUGCUUACAUCAGUUCUUCAAGCUCUGCAUCUAGCCCAGCCUCCUGUCACAGUGAGGGCUCAGAAAAUAGUUUUCAGUCCUCCUCUUCGCCUGUACCACCAUCACCAAACAGUUCCUCCUCUGAGGGGAGCUGUGGUAGCAAGAGCAAAGAGCACUCUGAUGGAGGACCAAACAGUGACCAGUUAAAGAAUCACGCUAAGGCAAAUCAAUCAAGUGGAACCUCAACAGCAAAAAGUCCUAAUGGAUUUACAAAAUUGAAUGGCAUGGUCUUGCUGUGUAGAGUCUGUGGAGAUGUUGCUUCAGGAUUUCACUAUGGGGUCCAUGCCUGUGAAGGCUGCAAGGGUUUCUUCAGAAGAAGCAUUCAGCAAAAUAUCCAAUACAAGAAGUGCCUGAAGAGUAACAACUGCUCUAUAAUGAGAAUGAAUAGAAACAGGUGUCAGCAGUGCCGAUUCAAAAAAUGUUUGUCGGUAGGAAUGUCAAGAGAUGCUGUUCGAUUUGGCCGAAUUCCUAAACGUGAGAAGCAGAGGAUGCUGAUUGAAAUGCAAAGUGCCAUGAAAACUAUGAUGAAUACUCAGUUCAGUGAUCACUUGCCGAGCGAAGCGUUAAGAGAUAGCCAAAAGGCAUUGCUCUUAGUGCCUCAGGAACAGCUGAACUCCAAACUACAGCAAGAAGAAGAAAAUGUCCAGAGGCACUCCUCUCUUUCCCCCCUUCCUCCUCCACUGCCUUCUCCUCCUCCUCUGCCCUCUGACAUUGCCAAGGAAGAAGUGAUUGGCAUGGUGACUAGUGCCCACAAAGAUACAUUUAUGUACAAUCAAGAACAACCAGAAGAUCGUACCACUGUUGUGCAGCCUCCAAAUAGGGGGAAAAGUCUUAAAUGCUUGGAGCAGUAUAAUUCUGGUGGUGAGCCCAAUCAUGGUACCAUAAGCAGCAUACUUCAUAAUGGGAAUGUUCAACAUUUCAAUGGACAGUAUAAAAGGCAAAGCAGUAUGCAUUAUCCAACUGGGUAUAAUCUUUGCUUCCAUUCUGUGAACUUCACCAACGGCUUUACUACGAAAGGAUGUAAUAAGGUGCCCGAAAAUGGCUUUUCUUCUGUUGAAUCUCUGAAUGCCUAUUCCUGCAGCACUGGAGGCAGAAUGCAUCUGGUUUGCCCAAUGAACAAGACUCCUUUUGUGGAUCCAAAUAAGUCUGGUCAGGAAGUCUGGGAAGAAUUUUCCAUGAGCUUUACCCCUGCAGUAAAGGAAGUAGUGGAAUUUGCCAAGCGUGUUCCAGGCUUCCGAGAUCUUUCCCAACAUGACCAAGUAAACCUUCUGAAGGCUGGAACCUUUGAGGUAUUAAUGGUACGGUUUGCAUCUUUAUUUGAUGCAAAAGAUCGUACUGUCACUUUUCUUAGUGGAAAGAAAUACAGUUUUGAUGAUCUACGUACCAUGGGAGCUGGUGAUCUGCUGAACUCCAUGUUUGAGUUUAGUGAGAAGCUAAAUGCACUGAGCCUUAGUGAUGAAGAAAUGAGUUUGUUUACAGCGGUGGUCCUUGUAUCUGCUGAACGAUCAGGAAUAGAGAAUGUCAAUUCUGUGGAAGCGCUGCAAGAAACACUGAUCCGUGCGCUCAGGACUUUAAUCACAAAAAAUCAUCCAAAUGAAGCCUCUAUAUUUACAAAACUACUUUUGAAACUGCCUGACCUGCGUUCCUUAAACAACAUGCACUCUGAAGAACUUCUAGCCUUUAAAGUCCAUCCAUAGGCUUUUACCUCUUACUUAUAUACUUGACUUACCUAAAAUUAAUUGUUUGUAUUUUGUGCUAAAAUGUUUAUUUAUGUUUAUACAUACUUCUGUGAAAAAGGACUUGUUGACUGUAUAAUACUGAAAUGAUCUCUUACUGUGCAGUAAGUGCUUCAGGUUGAAUCUUCUUUCACCACUGACAACAUGUCCACAGAUUUCUUCUUUAUCUAGAACAGCCCCAUUUGCACAGAAGUUGAAGAAAUUACACUAAAUAUUACAGAUGCUGACUGCUUGAUCUUUACAACAAAUCAUUUAAUUAUCUAUUCUAAAGAAGAAUCCAGGGUGGCUACACAUGGAAAACAGCACUCUGGGUAAAUGAUACAAUACCAUCUGAAACAAGACUACAUUGGUCCAACUCGUCCUUAAAACCUUGCUAAAUGAGGAAGUUCUGAAAAACGGUUUCUGGCUUCACUAUUGAUAAUUUAGAAAACAGUCAGUGUACAUUAAUUGUUCACUUUAGUACAAAAAUACAUACGCCAUCUCUGUGUGUGUGUGUGUAAUACAAACAUGUUGGGUUUUAUAAAAUUCAUGGUGUAUGUACAUAAUUAUGUAAAUAUGUAAAUAGUUCCAAAUAACUUCACAAUAUUUUCAACUGUGAAGAAAUUAGAGGAGGAUCACCCAUAUGAAUGCAUUUGGUUAUGUACAGUUGAAUCAAGCAUAUUAAGAAUUUGUAAAGUUUAGAGACUACCAAAUUAAUAUGUUGAUAUGCUGAAUUCGUUAAUUUUGAACACAGCUUAAAACAACAUAAGAGAUAAAUAGGUCAAAUCUAAGCCUUUUUGAGAAUGUGGGGUUUUUUUCAUAAAAGUCAUUGCCCUUAAUAUUGUAUGCAUCUACAGUAGUAGGCAUUUAAAGUUGGUGAUCACCCUUGCUAGUCUUUCUGUAAAGUUUCUAUGGAGAAUCAUGAAAAAUGUCAAGAAAACUAUAUUAUGCCUUCAUUGCAUAUUGGGUGUUAUGUGAAUCAUUUAUGCUACACAUAUAUGCAAGUUAAAUGCUACAUAAUCAGUCUUGAAACAUUAGUGGGAUUUUUUAAGUCAGUUUUAUUAUAUCUGCAAAGGUUUCUCAAAACAAAGAUCCACUAGGUUGUCUAUGUCUGUGAAGUUCUGUUAAUUUCAUGACUUUUUAAAUGCCAGUGACGAAUUCGUAAACAAGGAUUUGCUGUGCUUUCUGUUGCAUUUUCAAAUUAAUAUAUUAAUUGCGUCAUACUGUUUCAUGGUGUGAAAGAAUAUCUUAGGUUGGAUCAAAGUAUGAUUAAGUCUGUAUCAAAACUUGAGAUUUUCCGAAGAAUGACUUUGGAAAAGAUAGUACAUUGAUAUUUCAUGUCGUUAUUUAGUACUUAACAUGCCUCCAACUUCCCAUAACUUCAUGUGAAGAAUUACGAUGUCAUAGUUCAGAUACAUACUGGUUUUAGGCCAAUACAUCACUAAAUAUAUAAAUACUUGUUUGCAGUCCUAUUAUAUAGCAUUACAUAUUUGAUUUAAAUUAACUAUCUAGACAUAAAACUCCUAUUCUGUUUAAGUCAAGCAACUAUUGGGAUGUGUUAAGACUUUUCACCACAAUAAUUGGUUCACAUUUUUUAAAAAAAACCUCAAUUGCAAGUUACAGUUUUUGGGGUAACUAUUUUUGCAAAUAGUUACAGAAUAUUUAGCAAAAAUCCAGAGAUAGGUUAGCCAUUUCACAUCAAUUUCUUAAAAACUCAGAGGGAAAUUCUUCGAUCCUAGUCUUCUAACACAUGCAAUGUUUUUUCUCUAGAAGGAAAAUACUGCUUGACCCUCUGUGAACAAUUGCUUAUGUUUUAAAGAAUAAAUUCCACAAAUGCAUAUAUAGGCUAGCAAAAUACACUGUAAAAUAUAUUCUUGCCAUUUCCAUUUAAUCCUGAUACUAUUCACUGAAGAAAACCCCGUCAGUUUCUUUCGAAACAAGAUGUAGAUCUGAGCUCACCUUAUGUCUGAUAUUUAGAGCCUUAGGCCGAGUACUUACGUUAUGCUAGCUGGACUAGAAUGGCGGUCACACCUCUCCCUUCACCCUGACAGAGUAGUGGGGAGAGCUAUGCAGUGGCUUUUAUCAGCAUCAUACGACAGUGAAAACGGACAUGGCGACAAACCAUUGCAUGAUUGCCCCUGGCCCUUGCCCAAUGCUGUCUGGUGGUGGAGGGAGAGUCCUUACGUCAAAUGUGACAGAAGGACUAAGAUUCUGGAUUUUAACUGAAGAAGCUGUUUAAUGUGAACUCUGCUUUACUGUAGUCACUGGUUAUAUACUGCUUAAAAUACUGAGAAAUAUUUCAUAUCGGACUUUGAGUACUGUUGAUGUGACAUUGCUGAGGGAAUACAAAAAUGUACUGUAUGAGAUGAAAUGAUUUUUUAAAAAAAAACUGGUUUUACUUGUUUAAAAAUAUUAAAUAUGGGCAUUAUGAUGGCGAAACAGA